GUCCUCGUCUUCGACAGUCUGUCAAACUCCCUUCUCCUCUCAUCAUUCCGUUAAGACGAGCUAGCUAGUUCACUUUCAUUACAAAUGGCAUCAGUUGAGGAAAUGUCUAACGCUGUGUCCGAUGCCUUAGAGGAAGUAAACGCAAACUAUGACUAUGUGGAAGAAGAAUUAAAUAUGGAUCUGGAAGAGCCUCUGAGCGGCGGAUAUGUGUUUUAUAGGGACAGGAAAGAUUGGGCAGAUCUGGAGCCUGUUCCUCAGGAUGAUGGGCCAAACCCUGUGGUAAAAAUAGCAUAUUCAGACAGAUUUACAGAUGUGUUUGAUUACUUCAGAGCCUUGCUGAAGAAUGAUGAGAAGAGUGAGAGAGCGUUCGCGCUCACUGCUGAAGCCAUUGAACUUAACGCUGCAAACUACACAGUAUGGCACUACAGGAGAGUACUGCUGCAGGCCUUACAGAAAGAUCUGAGAAAGGAGAUGAAAUAUAUCACUGCAAUUAUAGAAGAACAACCCAAGAACUAUCAAGUCUGGCAUCACAGGCACAUGGUGGUCGAGUGGCUUAACGAUCCAUCUGAAGAGCUGCAGUUUACAUCUGAGAUCCUCAUUCAGGACGCCAAGAACUACCAUGCAUGGCAGCACAGACAGUGGGUCAUUCAGGAAUAUAAACUGUGGGACGGCGAGCUGGAAUAUGUAGAGGAGCUCCUAGAGGAAGAUGUGAGGAAUAAUUCGGCAUGGAACCAGCGUCAUUUUGUCAUCAGUCACACCACCACUUACUGUCCCCCAGAUGUGCUAGAGCGUGAAGUGCAGUACACCAUAAAACAAAUCAAGAAAGCACCACACAAUGAAAGUGCAUGGAAUUAUCUGAAAGGGAUUCUGCAGGCUUCAGGACUCUCGACGCAUCCUGGGGUGCUUCAGCAAGUUCUAGAUCUGCAGGAGACAUGCUGCUCGCCACAUCUACUCGGCUUCCUAGUGGAUUUCUACGAGGACGCACUCGAAAGCAACAGCAGUAGCAACAACAUAGACACACUCAACAAGGGCUUAGAGAUCUGUGAGCAGCUUGCCCAGGAGAAGGAUACUAUCCGGCGGGAAUACUGGCGCUACGUGGCCCGCUCUCUUCAGAGCAAGUAUGGCUCAGAAGACAUCCAGUCUACAUCCACUGAGGAGCAGGAGAUCCCCAGCAAUAACUGAGAGAGAGAGAGAGAGAGAGAGAGGCACAGUUCUGUAUAACUUGUUAGAGGGAGUAAGACUCUUACUUAGAAGCUUAAAUGUCUCUCGCUGAACUGUGUUGUUUCUAUAUUUUGGUUUUACCAUAUUGGUAAAGCCCGUUAUGUAACUGUAAAUGUAGAGCAGGAAUAUGAAAGCAUCAUGUAGUUAUGCGACAAGACUUGAAGGCUGCAAUGAAUCAGUCAUAGUUUACUAGCAAGUUGAAAGGAACUUUUGGAAUUCAGAGUCUGAUGGACAAAAAGAAAUUGAGAAUUGAUAAUAAGACUAACAAAUAAUAUGCUUAACCUGCAAAUAUUAUCAAACCACUUUUGCCAAAAUAUUUCAACAAAUUCUGCAAAGUUUCUGUGCAUAUGGUUGUUUUUGUAUGCUUACAAUUAAAAAAAAGAAAAAAAAAGGUUAACACACCGUUUAUUUUUAUUUGAUAUGAAUCUCGGGAAAGAAUAUGCAUCACUAUCACUACUUUGCUUUGGAAGAUAUCGGACUUGAUCUCUUCUCGUCCACAUAAUUAAUUGAAAGACAGUGACUAACGGUUUAAAUCAGUGUAGGGAAACUAAUUUGAUGUAGAACAGGUGUACAUUUCCCUGUGUGACUGGGGUUUUGCCACUAGUGCUGAGCAGAUGCCUUCUAAAUGAAUUCAGCCAGCACUCAUCCACGGUUUUAUUUUUGUCUUUUUUUGUGUACCCCUGUGCCUGCAAUAUAUUUCAUUUAGCCCAGUUUCUUCCCCACCUCCAUUAUGCCUUCAUGAAGGGCUGCAGCUAAUAAAUUCAUACAGUUGCUCUGG